AUGAAUUACUUCCUUCUCUGUGCUCUCGACAUAGCAACGGCCUCUGGUUCUAAAGAGGAACAACUGCCGAAGAUUGACCUUGAGCCCAAAUGGUCAUUCGGACCCGUCCAAUACAAUGACCAGGCCGUCAAGUUGACAGGAUACCCAUAUUAUGCCCUGUGGCAUGGAGAAAAGGACGAAGCUGCUUCGAAUGUCAUUGUGACCCAGGGUCAGGGGUUUGGGGGGUCCGAAGAGGCAAUUGCGGAAGUACUGGGAUACAUGGGUGAGUAUUUUAUGCUACUUGUGGUUUAUGCUACUUGUUUCAUCCAUCACCAUCGCAAGAAUGCAAAGAAAGAAAUUUUUCCGCUGUAUGGGAUUGCAACGGACUCUAGGAUCUUUCAUUUUAUCAAACUGGACAAUGACUCCACGUUUGUUACUGCAACACUCGAUUCUGAGACAGAUCUACAAAAAGCAUUCAGCUUACUGGUCCAUAUAUUAAAAGAAGCAGUGACUGCCCUAUCGAUGCAACCGAGCGAGCUAUCCACGCAAUCUGAUCGAGGUGAAGCUCCCUCUGACCCGUCCAUCCCCGCCGGGGCUUCUCUGAGACGCAGGGUUGACAAGAAGGCACAUUAUCGAAUACUGAGAGCGACUGCGGAUGACGAGGAUGAGGACUCUGAAUCUGAGGACGUAGAUGACGAGGAUCUCGAAGACGACUCCUCCGACGAUUCUUCUGAAGAUGAGACCUCUGAAGAUAAUGAAUCCCAGGAUAAAUAA